AUGGCUUCUCUUACGCCUAGAGUGUUAAUCAAGCUUCUCCAGACAAUGGACACCAACAUCAAGGUUCGAGGAGAAUAUCGGUCUGUUCUCUUGCAGGUGAUCAGCAUUGUCCCUGCUUUAGCCGGCUCAGAGCUUUGGCCAAACCAAGGCUUUUUCAUCAAAGUCUCAGAUUCUUCUCACUCCACAUAUGUCUCAUUGAAGAACGAAGACAACGAACUUAUCUUGAACAACAAAUUAGGAUUGGGACAGUUCUUCUACGUUGAUAAGCUUGAAGCUGGGACACCUGUUCCUGUAAUGGUUGGAGUUAGACCAAUCUCUGGACGCCAUCCUUUUGUAGGAAAUCCCAAAGAUUUGAUGCAAAUGUUGGUGCCCAAUGAGACAACACCUCUGGAAGAAGAUAAUCACAAACAGAAGAAGGAAGAGAAGACAGGUGUGGCUUCAAGAUAUAUGAAAGGUGUUUUAAAUCCAAAGGCAAGUGGAUCAGACUCGAGUAGUGGCGGUAGCAACAAUGAGACUGAGACUGGAUUGAUUAAGAAAGUUGGUGGAUUGGCUAAGGGAAAGCAAAGGGAGCACAAAGAUCAGGCAAGUCAAGCUGGUCCUCCACAACCUCGGCCUGCGACAGCUCCAACAAAGGCAGAGCCAAAGAAACUAUCUUUGAGCUCCACUGUGAAUUACAAGAGCAGGAAGAGUAAUCCUUCUGAGGAUGCAUCAUGGAGCUCUCUGCCUCUCAAUCUAUCAAAAAUGGGUAAAGGAAUGCUGAGAAGGAGAAACAUUGCUGCUCUUCUUGCCACAGAAGCACAAAGAGAGGCAUUGGCUGCUUCACAUCUUAUCAAGUGUAUCAGUAUGUUUGCUGACCUCAGCUCAAAUGCUUCACCAAAGAAUCCACAUACCUCUCUCAGAAACUUCUUCACUCUUCAGAGCCUCCUUGACCAAGCACAUGUCACAGCUGCAUCACCCAAAGAUAUAUCAUUCCAGCUGGUGAAUGUUCAUUCAUUACGGACAGAGCCUGAAAAGUUGGGCAAAAAAGCUAGUCUAAUUUCAAGCAGAACCAAAACCAAGUCUUCAAAGACUCUAACUGAAGCCGAAAAGCUAGAAUGGGUCAAGGGAAAUGGUACAGAAGAGAUAAAAGAACUGAGAAACACUGUGAAACAAGAAACAAGAAGCUGGUUUUUGAAGUUCUUGGAAGAAGCAAUAGAUUCUGGAUUUCACGCUAGUAUUCAGGAGAAGAAAGGAAAAACCAAAGGGACGAGAUCAGCGGAGCCAGAUAAUCAUAUUGCCGAGACAUUAUCUCAACUUAAGCAAGCAAACGAAUGGCUUGACAAAGUGAAAAGUGAUCAUCAGUGUAGUGACAAUUCUUUGUUAGAGAAUAUAGAACGGUUGAAGAAGAAAAUAUACUCUUGCUUGCUACUUUAUGUAGAUUCAGCUGCAUCAGCUAUUGGAGUAUCAGCAAGCUCGUGA